AUGCCACCCCCUCUCAAUCCCAUGCCAAUGCCACCAGCAAUGGGUCCAAUGUUUCCAGGGCCAGGAGGUCCCAAACCUCCAACAAUGGCACCGAUGCCAGUAAUGCCGCCGCCAGCUCAAAGGCCACUCGCCGCUCGCGGAAAAUCACGCAGGAAGAAGCACGAGCUUCUGGUCACCACCAUCGUCUUCGUCACUGUUCAUUUUGUUUAUGUUGCGCCAUGCAAUCUCUGGAUUCAGGCGCCAAAAUUAACGCAGAGAAUGCCUCGGCGCAAGGCUGGGGAUGGUGCCCCAGCGGCACCGAAGGCGCCAAGAUCUCGCAAGAAGAAGGUGAAUCAAGAAGAACUGAAACCGCCAGACGCCUACGAUCCCAUGAUGCAUCCAAAUGGUUAUGGGAUGGAAGGCAUGGAAGGCGGGAUGUAUCAUCAUCCCGAUUAUGCCUACGUACCCUAUGGUCAACCGCCACCAUUUGGGAGUCCAGAAUCAACUAACAGCCCAUUCAUCAUGCCACAACAAUCAAAUACACCGCAAUCAAUGAUGUGA